AUUACCAUGUCAUUGAUGAGGAAUGGGGAAAUCCCUGUUUGGCAGAGGAAAUUUCGAAAUAUAGAGUUAUCGUGUGGGUUCUCUAUUGUUAUUUAUAUUAAUUUUUUCACUGGGUCAGCAGGUAUUUUGCUUGGGAUUUUCCUAUUGCGUGACACCCUCGAUAUUUUUGGAACGAUGCAAUAAUCAGACGUUGAGAUUGCAAAGAAGACCCUCUAGCUAGUUCUGCCCAAAUUCGGAUUAUAUUUAUCUGUCAGUCAGUCGCAACACUGUUUACUUCUAUAAACGUAGUCGUACGAUUCGAAUGCGAUACUUGAUCAGCCAAUAGUUUGUUGCAUGGAUGGUUUUGUAGUAUUUGCAAGGUAAAAUCAAAACUCACAAGAGGUAAAGGUUAUAACAAACAAGGUGAUGAUGCCGUUACCAUCAAGAGAUAAUCCCCCCGGUUCCAACUCAUCAGCCGAGUCUGACUUUGUUAUUCUCCCGAGACCCUCCCUGGGGAGUGGUAACAGUGGAGGACCCGGGAGUCAACAACACUCUGAUAACCAGCAACAGCUUCGGUCUCAGUUCUCAUCUCCGGCAUCGCCAACAAAUGGAGGAACAAACUGUGUCACGAUCAUGCAGUACGAACAGUUGGUGAGCACAGCACGUGCCAUGAAAGAAGAGAAUCAAAUGUUGAAAGGACAACUAACUGAUAUGACGAAGACCAUUGAGUCACGUAUUGAGGACUUUACCAAAGGGAAAAACAACUGUAAACUAGCCAAGGAGAAAUUUAAGGAGCUACGACAGAGUGCUCAAGAAGAAGUCACCCGGUUAAGGAACCACAUCGUCGAGUUGGAGACAGAGUUGAAAGAACACAAGAGUGGGAAAACAAAGGAAGGCCCAGCAGAUGCCGAAACAAAAAUCAAAGCACUGGAGGAAAAGGUUGAACAGUUGGAGCAAGAGUUGAAAAGUAGUCAGGAAGAGGUCGUUGUUUCCAUUGCGUCGGAUAAUUCUAAAGCGUCUGAUACCAAAGAUCAACCAUCCAUAGUGACACAACUCAACAAUGAUAUUGAGGAUAUCCAAGCAACCCGACUGGACUUUAAGACAAAGAACGCAGAUUUAGAGCAAGCGCUCCAGAAGUCUGCGGCAGAUCUGAAAAAUUUCAAACAGAGACUGGAACAGCUUCAGCUUGAGAAGCAAGAUUUGCUCUCGCUCAAUAAUGAGCUGCAGACUAUGGUGUCAAUAUACAGCAGGUCUGGUAAGAGACCGCAGGCCAACCCGUCCGUGAGAGACGCUGGUGUUGAUCAAACGAUGGAAGAAGUUGAAUCAGAGUUCACUUUCGAGAGACCUGGAGAAUCAUUCUCUGGAGCUGGCGAGCAGGAGGCUGCUCAGACAAAUAGAAGCAAAGGUAGCUCACCCGGGGUUGUGGCAAGCCCCACUACUGUUGUACAGAAAACAAACAUAGCCCUUCAGGACGUUUUGCUUCAGCUUCAGGCAGAGCGGGAGAAAGUGACCAGUUUGAUGGAAGACUUGAAGAAAGAGAGAGAGGACCGCAAUAAAAUUGAAACGACAUUAAUGGAGCAACUGAAUGCGUGCAGUGGGGAGCAUCACACCGCUGUGGAAAACCUGAAUCAUAAACACCAGGAGCAGGUGUCGGAGUUGUCUAGGAAACUGGAUGAACUGGCCAUUGCAAAUCAGGAACCACAUUACAGUCUUGAACUUAAACAUCAAGUGCGGAGCCUGGUUUGUGAACUUCAAGAAAGAGAGAGUGUGUUGCAGCAGACAGAGGCCACAGCUACGGACCUUUGUGCUCAAAAUGAAGCCCUAAAGGCCAAGAUUGCUUUGUACCACGAUGAGCUUGAAGAAGUCAGGAAACAAGACACUCAUAUGAUUGAGAGUCUACGUCAGGAGCUGAUGAGACAACAGACUACUGUCCAACUAGAAAAACAGAAGGGGCUCAUAGAAAGAAUCGACUAUGAAAAGCUGAAAACUGACCAUGACAAACUGAAUGCUGAAUACGCUGAUCUGACAAGAAGGUUUACGGAUAUUCAGACCACCAGAAGAAAGACGGCAAGUACAGCUGCCUUCAAUGAGCUGCAGGAGGAGAGAGAUAACUACUUAGCUCAAGUGAUGUCAGCAGAGGAGGCAAUUGGGGCAAAGAAUUCCCAACUUGAGAAUGUCCGACGAGAACUUGACAAAGUCCGUCGGGAGUUUGGAGAAACCAAGAUCCAACUAGACACCAUCCCAGUACUCGAGGCACAGGCGGAAAUCUACAAGAACGAUUUUGACGCCGAGAGAGCAGCUCGCGAGAAGAGCCACACCGAUAUGGAAUUACUGAUGGUUGAUAUGGAGCGCCUCAGGGAGGACAACCAACGGAUGCAGGAGGAGCUCGCCACUCACACCAAGGUACAACUACAGCAUAUGCAGAAUCGUCACAGCACAGGCAGCAGUGGUGGUGGCUUCUAUAAUACCAUCGUGCGCCCCUUCGUCAGCCCCCGCAUCGGCAGCAGGCUCUCUGCUACUGAUCCUCUACCAGAAACAGAUUCUGAUUUUGUAGGACUGGAUGUAAGCCAAGUCGGGGACCGAGUCUUCGAUGAAGCUGGGACCAGAGUUGACCAUCGAAUGUCAGCCUCGAAUCACCCACCAUCCUCCUCAGCUAUCAUCCGAUGCCCUAAAUGCCAAGAUGAAUUCCCAGACAUUGAUACUCUACAGAUUCAUAUGCUGGACUGUAUCAAUUAGAUGUCAGAGAUAAAAACUCAUUAGUGGUAUCGAGCCAGGUAUGUGGCAGAGGGUGGUCCCCGUACUCUAACACUCUUUUCCCGAGACUCACAGGACACAAUAGGAAGGGGGGUACAACAAGCUGUUUAUAACGGUGAUGGGGUCCUCACCUAAAAGCUCAACUAGGAAAUCGAGGGUGACGAAUUCUGAAAAAAAAUUAAGUUAAGUUCAAGCUGAUAUAUAAGAUCUCUGUAUUUACGCUAUUUGUUUACUAUUUCUUUUUUCGAGGGGGGGGGGGUUUAAAAAUUGUGUACGUUGUCAAGACAUGAGAGAGAAACACCGAAGAAAUUAAGAACAAAACCUUACCCGAUGAACUGAAGCCAAGCUUUGUAAAAAAUGUCAUAGUAUGGCAAUUAAUUCACACUUUAUUAUUAGAAGACCUACAUGUACAUGGCAAAUCAUUCUAAACACGAUGUAGUUGGUUGUAAGGUUGGUACAUACAUACUGUAAUUGAGUUUGCUUAUUUCAUCUUUUUAACUUUGUGUAAGCGUAUCAGGCAAACAUAGAAAAUACAAACAGUAUGCACAAAUACAUCUUUUGCACAUCAAAUAGGCUUACAAGUGCUGUCAUAUUGUAGUUGAAUGCAACUCGGGGCAUAUUAAAUUCAAAAUAAGAAUAAACGCAAACCAAUUUGUUUCUUUUCUAAUUUCUGGCGGUCGGAGAGGAGGUAAGGCACUGCCCCUGACUACAACAUUAUCAAUCCAUGGGGAUUCGAUAUACAAUGUAUUGACUUUUUCCCAGGUGAAAAUUUCAUAUUUUGCUAUACAUUUAAUAUAAUUUGUACAUAUGUACGUGUGAAUACGUUGUAUGUGAAACAAGCAUUUAUACACUGAUUGUUGAAAUGUUUUGUAUAUUUGUUUAUGUAUCAAUCUCAUUUUCUACACAAACUAGCUCAAUUACUUUUUAAGAUUUUCUUGUUAAUUAUUGUAAUUAACUGUACAUAGAAUCAGAAGAGUAUUAAGUAGGAAAUCAGAAGAUAAUAACUUUGCAAACAUGCAGACGAAAAAAACAGACGCCAAAACAAGUAUUUGACUUGAACAUGUAAGUAAAAGUGGCCCAUUUAUAGAACACCUUUGUGCAAAACGUUACAAUAUGGCCCUAAUGAGAAACUAAACCAUAUAUCCAAAGUGCAUGUUCGAGGUCGCACAAUGUGGCCUGGCACAUAACACCGUAUUGAAUACGACGUCACCGUUCAAAUAUCUGCCCUACAACAUGGCGUCUGUGUGCAUGUGCGUGCGUGCAUGUGCCGUAGAAAUCAAACCGGGAAUGCUACGUGAUGCGUGCUUCAUUGAUGUGUGCGUUUGGACGCAGAUACGGUUCGCCCUACAAGAUGGCGGCUUUCAUAGCAGCAAUGGGGUUAUUCCAUACGGUCUAUUUGACAACUCAAUUGAUGGUUGAGUGCUGUGGUGCACACAGGCUCAAGCUCUAGUGUUUUCAGAGUGGACUUGGGUGGUGUAGAGGUUUCUUUCCUCGUCUGUCUAGGACCUUGGUUCCAAUCUCGCAGGGGCAUUGUUUACCUUGGGUUUUCAGUCCCUUUCUGUGUGAGUGGGUUUUCCAAAGAACAAUUGUUCGCAUAUUUAUGAUUCCCUAAACAAUGCACAGUACCCUAAUCAUCUGAUGUGUCACGUUUUAACAACAAAUACAUCGGAUGUACAAAAAAGCGUAAUGUAUCAUGAAGAGGAAGAACAUGUACCAUCAUCAUGCUGCACCUUUCAGUUCAGUGGUGGUGUCAUGGGGUGCAAAAAGGGUGCUAGACCAACUGGCAACAAUAAUCCAAUGUGAUCAACGUUUGAGCUAUCUUUUAUUUGUUGAGCAUUUGUUAAAAGGUCGUAUAUGCAGUUCCAGGUAACUAUAGUCUAUAUUUCACAUUAUUUAAUUGAUGUUAAAAUUACAUGUGGGAUAAGGUGAGUGGACCAUGUUUAUGAUACGGUGGUGUAUGGGAGAAAAAAUACACCUGUACAUUUGUUAUUAUUUCAUUAUUUUCAGAAAUGACAUAAAUAUUACACAGUAGUGUUUGAUUUGAAAAGGUUGUUUAUAUCUUCAACAAGAUUAGGGUUCAUACCAAAGACAGAAACUGUUGCUUAGCGGAAAAAGGUUACCAGCCAAAACACAAUGGAUGUGCAUUAUUGGGGGACUGGUUCCCUACAGAUUACAUGAUUAGCAUUUACCCAAAAUUAUACCCAGACAGUUCUUUCCGAUGCCAAUUUAAUUGCGUUACUAAAAGUUUUCCCCAUGUGUACAAUAGCACCACCUUUUUGCAGAUGAAAAAGCCAAACCUUAAUCUCUAAAAUCAGAGAAAGCUUAUUUUUACACAAAAAAAGAAAUAUAUGUAAAUGCUUUGUGCCAUCAAGACCAUAAGAACUUUAAAAAAUCUAAUUGACAUCAGUUGAAAGUUAUGUAUAAAGUGUUGAUAUUGUUUACCUGCAUUUAUUCACUAGAGUACAAAAAAAUUUACAAAUAAUAGACCAGAAACGAUAAAAAUAUAAGAAGUGGUCAAAUUUCUUUAUAAUUUUUGUUUUUGUAUGCUUGUUUACAGUGUAUGAUUCUAAUUUAUUUAUAACCAAUGGCAUUGCGGUAAUGUAUUAACACAGCUGAACAGGCUAAACAAAGUCUCUCCCGCGAGUGAUUUAUUUGCCUGUUGGUUUGUGUCGAUAUGAGGCUAGACAAUACAAACAAUAAAUUAUUUAAUAAAUUAAAUAAUUGGUUGUUAAAUAAUUAGUGAUUUUGUGGAGUCACCUACAGCUGUCGGGGUUGUAAAAAGUACUAAUUAAUUCAAUGUAAAAUAAAUACUACUCCAUAUUUCAAAUCA